AUGACGUUGCAAAACGACUUGCCACAAGGCUUUGUCAGGCACGUCGUCCGUCGUUCCAACAUUGUUGCCAGGCAAGCAGUCGCCACCCGCAGCGCUACACAUGCAGCUGCCACUGCCACCAAAAAUGCAAUCGAAGCAAAACAAACCUCAAGUCUCGCCCCACUCGUGGUGAUCAUCAUCCUAGGCGGUCUCAUUGGCAUCUUCAUUCUCUUUGUGCUCAUCGGUAUCACCUGCAAGUUCGCCAACCGUCCACGCACCGACAGGCGACCUCAGUUGCAACCAAAAGCCAUGUAUCAGCCAUCCGCUGCUGGUUAUGGAACAGCGGCAGCAUCCUAUGGUGGAGCGUAUAGGGGUAAUGAGUCCAUGCACGAUAUAUCCAGCCCAAAUGCUGGCUUGCUCGAUUCCGCUCAGCCUAUGGGCAGAGGUGGUCGCUUUGAAGAGGCUGAUAGCUCCUUAGGUAGUUCCAAUGGGAUUGCGAUUGCGAAUGGUCAUGCGGCCAACGGCCCAAACGGCCCAAACGGUGGAUUCGGUAUGAUUCCAAGCAACAGUGGAGGCAGCUUGAGUCGAGAUGGAUCGCAUCGCUUUGGUCCUUUUCGUGGCGGUCACGCUCGGGGCUCCAGCAGCGGCAUCGAGCUUCCUGCCUCAGCAGCAUCCGCUACUUUCCGACGCAAUGUCAGUGGCUCCCAUCCCCCAAUUCACUCCAACGGUGAUGACAGCUACGACUCACCACACUCCGGCUCGAUUCUUCCUGACGGUUCAGGAUUCACACCAGGUCAGAUCUUCGACCACAACGCCAUCAACGGGGGCGCACCGAAACCUUCCGCCGAGAUGCGCGAAACCCGCAGCAGCUACCUUGCUGGUCCACCCAACGAUCUUCUCCUCCCUCGUGGCAGUCCAGCGCAACCCAACCCACAAGCAAGACCCUAUCCACGAGGCCCACCACCAGCUACCUCCAACAACCGUCGUUCGAGAUACGCACAGGCUCAGCUUUCUUCAUUCACAGAGAUGGCCACAACGCGAAGGAGCAGGAUUGACAGUGUCGGACCUGGAACCUACCGCAAGUCGAUGUUCUUACCUGCCGAGGCACACGAUGCCAUGCCGAAUGAUGAAUACGCUGGUGGGUCACAGAUGCGUCGUACUACUUCGAACAAUACUCAGAACGGUGCUGCGAGAGGUGCAGAUCUUAGACGUGUAGAAAGUAUCGGUAAAGGUGAUCCAAGACGGUCCAGUAGAUACCGCGCCAACAACCGCGCUAGUAGGAUUCCCUCCAUGGUCGUUCAGCAAGAGGAGCAUUUCGAGACAAUCGCAACGAAUCCACGAGGGUAUAGGGAGGGAUUACCAGAUGUCGGAGCUCAUGGAUUGUUACCGACGCCUGGAUGGGAUGGUGGUCAACGCUCGCCCUAUGGCGGGAGCUCAAAUGAAUCUUCUAGCCCAUUAGGACCACUGGGGCCGAACGAUCCGAUGCUGAGCAUACAACAGCAGCAACAACAGUACACGAGCGGCGGUGGAGGAGGAGCAGGGGCAAGAACGAUGCCUUACGGUGCAGGCUUUGGUGCACCUAUGCCAAGACCGGGUAUGGCUACGACGCAGAUGUCGUCCGCCUAG